AUGACAGACCAAUUUGCCUUUUCCUAUCCCUCUCCACUAGAGGGUUACGAAAACCUCGAGCCGCUCUCCGAUGAGCGCGACGACGAUGGCAAGUCCUUCAAGAAUCCCCAACACGGCAUCCUCAGCAAAUCUUACGAGGAAUUCCCCGAUCCACUAUGCAAAGGUCGCCGCGGUGGCUUCGACAUUCACAUCUACCAUUACCAGACAAACCCCGAUCAAGUCGCAUACGCAAAAGCCCUAUGGGAGCGUAUCCGGCGCGAAUUCCCCGAACUCCGCAUCUACGCCUUCUUCGACAAACCGAUCGGCCCACAUCCAGUCGCCAUGUUCGAAGUGAAUCUAUUCACGCCCGCGCAAUUCGGCGCCUUUAUCCCCUGGCUGGUGAUUAAUCGGGGACCGCUGAGUGCGCUGGUGCACCCGAAUACGACGGAGGAUGAGGAGGAGCGGAAUCAUACGCAGCGGGCGACGUGGUUGGGGGAUCGUAUUCCGUUGGAUUUGAGGGUUUUUAAGUUGAUGAAGGAGAAGGCGAAGAGGGAGGAGGAGGAGAAGGUGGAGGGGGGGGGGUUGUAG